UCGUCUCGGAUAUCAAGGCGGGAGCGCAGGUGCCCUGCAAGGCGCGCACAAGUCGAGGCUUCAGUGUGGAUUGGAGAUGCUGAAGCUCGUCACGGAUACCCCGGGCUGGGCGCUCCACGCUACAUCACGCUCUCUCCUUCAGCGCUCAAAGGUUGCAGAGGAUGCACGACGUUAGCCGAAUUAAAAUUUCCAAGUCUGCAGAGAAAUUGGCCAGGUUUCAGAAGCCUGCGUCUGAAAGCUGACUCACUGGAGAGAAGCGGCCCGAAGAGUGGCAGUACGCCUACUUAUAUCGAUCGGCGGACGCUUCAUUUGGGAGGAGCGGCUGAAGGAGUUUUGCCUGCCAGGUGGCUUUCUUGCCAUCUCUCCAAUGUAUAAAUUGCUACCUCCUGGUAUCCAGCUUCAAACUUUGUUUUAUACAUUUAGUCAAGGUGACUUCGGAGUGUCUCUGCAUCCUUUUCCAACGCUCCAACUUAAUGUGAAGUCGCCUUGAACUGACAAACAUGUGAGAAAUGAACGGAAGCCCAUGCAAUCGCACUUGACAUGGGGACGUCGCCUCAGGAGCCCCUGCGGAUAUCGGAGACAGAAAUGGAGAGUUACUACGGCUUCCUAAAGGCCGGCUCGCAACUGGAAUCGACGCUGCAGACAGAUGCUGCCUUGCCCUUGUAUAUAAAAGAAAUCAGGGAUUACAUGGAUAGUCAGAUUGCAUACCUUUCAGGUGGCAGAGGAGAGGAGUCUUCAUUUGUCAUCACUCUUCCAGAAUGUUCUAGUUUUCAUGAAGUCCCUGAAGAUGCCUUGACCAAAGUAUUGACCUAUUUAACAAUGAUUCCACGAAAACAAGAACCUGGCAUCAAAUUCAUUCUUAUUGUUGACCGGAGAAUGGACACUUGGGCAUCUAUUAAAGCCACCCUAUCACGUAUAGCGGCGUCCUUUCCCGGAAACUUGCAUUUGGUGCUGGUGCUACGGCCAACAGGAUUCAUUCAAAGGACAGUGACUGAUAUUGGAUUUCGUUUCAGUCAGGAAGAUUUUAUGCUCAAAAUGCCGGUUGUUAUGUUGAGCUCUGUCACAGACCUGUUGAGGUACAUUGAUGAGAACCAACUAACUCCAGAGUAUGGCGGCACUCUUGAAUACUGCCACAGUGACUGGAUUGUCCUUCGCACGGCCAUAGAAAACUUUGCAGUCACAGUGAAGGAGAUUGCUCAGCAGUUACAGGCAUUUGGCACAGAAUUGGCAGAAACUGAGAUACCUAAUGAAGUCAACUUGAUCGAGGCACUCCUGGUUACCCAGAAAGAAAAGUAUAAGCAGCUUAAGGAAGACAUUAGAUUGGUGAUGCGACAGGGUGGGCAGUUACUUGCCAACUUGGAGGAUUCUGGAAGUGAGGAAGCUGAUGCUGAACAGAAAAGGAAUGCCAGCCAAGACUGGGAGACUGUGCACAGGCUUCUGGGUCAGCUGCAUGAGAUGGAGACAGCAUUUGAUGGUUUCUGGGAGAAGCAUCAACUAAAACUGAAGCAGUAUCUGCAGCUGUGGAGGUUUGAGCAGAGUUUCCAGGAGAUGCAAGCUUCUCUUGAGGCCUUGUCAGCUCAGGAGAGAAGUAUCCCAACAGUUGGUGAAAGUAUUAUACACACUGAACAGAUGAUCCGUGAACUUGGGUCACUGGAGAAGCAAUGCCAGGAUGAAAUGAGUGAGGCUCAAAUCCUUAUCCUACAGGGACACCAACUAGCGGCUAACCAUCACUAUGCUAUGGCACUUAUUUGCCAGCGAUGUAAUGAGCUGAGACACUUUUCAGACGUGCUUACAGCAAACCUGAGGGCCAAAUGGGUUGCUUUGAGCCAUUCACGGGAGUUGCAGGCUCGCUUGGAUGAGGCGCUGCGAUGGUGUAAUGAAGGUGCCUACCUCCUGGCCAAUCAGCAGGUUGAUAAGUUCCAGACUAAAGAGGGAGCGCAGGAAGCUCUGCGGGACAUUGACCGCUUUCAGGAGGGAGCCGUUUCCCCUCUAAUUGUUGGUUCUGAAUUUUUGAAUCCAGAAACUGAGUCUGUACUCAGCCCUCAACUAAAGGCCCAAGUAACAGAAGUUCAAGAGAAAGUCAUGUCAGUACGUGGGAUGCUUCAGAACCGCCAGGUCUGUCUACGAAAGCUAGCUGACAAGCAAGUACGCCCUGUUCAACUGGUAGCACCACGACCCGAGCAUCCACCCCGUUCCAAAUCUCCACUAUUUUCUCCUAAACAUGGCGUGGACUUUAACUCAAGUAUCAAGUUCUCAUUUGAUCUAUCCUUACCUGGGAAGAGAACCUCAAGAAAGAGCCCUAGCUCCAGGAAGAUUGAAGUAAUGCAUGACUAUCAGGAGACACGCAACUCCCUUUCUUUCAGCCUUGAUUGUGAAGACAGUCCUGAGAUGCAAAAACGUCAUGUAAUGAAAGAACUUAUUGACACGGAGCGAGUCUAUGUAGAAGAACUGCUGUCUGUCCUUCUGGGGUAUCGGGCAGAAAUGGAUAACCCUGCAUUGUCUCCUCUCCUGCCUCCAUUACUGCGUGAUAAGAAGAGCGUCCUCUUUGGUAACAUGGCUGAAAUAUACAACUUUCACAGCAGGAUUUUCUUGAAUGCCCUGGAGAGAUGCCUGGAGACUCCAGAACGAGUAGGGUACUGCUUUCUCGAAAGAAAGUCCAACUUCCAGAUGUACGAACAGUAUUGUCAGAACAAGCCAAGGUCUGAACUGCUCUGGAGACAAUGUUCCGACAGCUUGUUUUUCCAGGAAUGCCAGAAGAAACUUGAUCACAAGCUUGGAUUGGAUUCCUAUUUACUCAAACCCAUUCAGAGACUCACUAAAUACCAACUUUUACUAAAAGAGCUACUAAAGUAUAGUGUAAGCAGUGAAGGGUCCAAAGAGCUAGAAGAGGCACUUGAAGCCAUGCUACAACUACUCAAAUCAGUAAAUGACUCUAUGCACCAGAUCUCCAUUACUGGUUAUGAUGGUGAUCUAGAUCAGCUGGGGCGACUUCUUAUGCAGGGCUCCUUCAGUGUAUGGAUCAGCCACAAAAAAGGACCCACCAAAAUGAAGGAUCUAGCUCGAUUUAAGCCCAUGCAGCGCCAUCUGUUCUUAUAUGAAAGUGCCCUACUGUUUUGUAAGAAAAGAGAUGAACAUGGAGAGGGGUAUGAUAAAACACCUUCAUACAGCUUCAAACACUAUCUUAAGAUGAGUGCAGUAGGAAUCACUGAAAAUGUAAAAGGUGAUGCAAAGAAAUUUGAAAUAUGGUAUAGUGGUCGGGAAGAAGUGUACGUGGUCCAGGCUUCCUCUAUGGAUGUGAAGCUUGCCUGGCUAAAUGAAAUUCGUAAGGUGCUUACCAACCAGCAGAAACAUCUGAGAGAUGGCUCCUACAACUUCAAUCCAACCUCACAAGCAAUUGAGCUAUCACCUCCUUUGUAUGACAGUAGUAAGCGACAGAGGGCAUCAUUUAGCUCUGAAGAGAAUGAGUCUGGAAGGACAAGCCCAGUUAUGCUUGGAAGCAGUCCAGGUCAUGUAGAAAAUCUCUCUCCUGAACAUCAACCUCAGCGCAGGAGCUGGUCAGGACUGUCUCACUCUGUGGAUAUUUGUGAGGGUCUAGAAGACUGGACUGUCACAAAUGACAUUUCUAACCCAUCAGACACAGAAGAGGAGGAUGAAGAAGAAGAGGAUGAGGAAGAGGGUGGUGUUCUACUGACUCUUGGCAGGUACAGUGCAAUUGCAGAAUGCAGGAGGGGUAGCUCUGAUAAUCCAAUUAUUAGGAUUGGUGAUGAUAUCCAGGUGUUACAGGAAGACCAAGGGAACAUGUGGCUGGUUAAGAAUUUAACAAGUAGAAUGGAAGGCUGGAUCCAUGGCAGCAGUUUACAGAUGGUGAUUGGGGAGAGCCAGGUUCACUCUGGAAGGCUGUCAGAUCCUGGGAAUCUCAAAACAAGAAAACUUAGCUCUCCAUAAAGACCAAUUGACUGGGAAUGUGCACCUCUGGACUGAAGGAUUCAUGUUAAGAAGGACAACAUCAAUGUCUAAUUGAUAUAUAUUACAUGGAGUGCCCUUACACUGAGAAAAGCUGUUUUUUGGAGAGAGUUGCAAAAGUCCCUCAGAAGGCCCUUGAAGCAAGUCACUUUCUGCCCAUCAAGUACCAGCACAGUAAAUGACACCAGUGUUUCUUUUCAAAAAGUGAUAUAUUCUAGUUGUUAGUGAUUCUAAACUUAUUUUUUUUAAUCAUCACUGUUCAAAACAUCUAUUUAUAUGAAUAUCCUUUAACUUGACAAGACAUUUUCAGGAACCUGACAUGACCUGACCAUGCACAACAAAACCUGUACUUUAGUAACUGUGAGGUGUACAUCAGUGAAUGGUCAUGUAAGGUCUGACACAGUCACCGUGUAAUCAUCAUCAUCAUCAUCAAUGUCGCCAUUACUGACUAAAGAGGUUGAAGCCAAGUGCAGUGGUUGAAUUUACUGAAAAUACAUUUUGAGAACUUUUGUUAUGUUGCACUGAAAAAUAUUCUGAAAAUGUUUCUUUUUCUCUACAACCUAGAAUAGGUUGUUUUUUUUUUACUUUCUGAUAUUAUUUAUCUUACCUGUAAAACAGCUAGGGUCUUUGAUCCUGCUGUACAACAUAUACGGUUAGACAUUUUUACAAUAUGAAGAAAGU